CUGCUACCCCUUGAGCAUCUGCAGCUCCUGCAGAACCAGGCAUUUCAUCAGCAAAUGUGCAGCUGACACCAAGCUGGGGGUGUGUUGAUGUGCUGGAAGGCAGGAGGGCUCUGGAGCACAAGUGGUGUGAGGAGAGGCUGAGGGAGCUGGGGGUGUUGAGGCUGGAGAAGAGGAGGCUCAGGGGAGACCUCCUGACUCUCUGCAAGUCCCUGCCAGGAGGUUGGAGCCAGGUGGGGGUGGGGCUGUUCUGCCAGGCAGCAGCAGUAGGACAAGAGGGCUGGGUCUGGAGCUGUGCCAGGGGAGGUUUAGGUUGGAUAUUGGGAAGCAAUUUUUUGCUGAGAGAGUAAUGAGGCCUUGGAAUGGGCUGGGCAGGGAGGGGGUGGAGUCCCCGUCCCUGGAGGUGUUGAAGGUGAGACUGGAUGUGGCCUCAGUGCCAUGGUCUGGGAAGCACAGCGGGGUUGGAUCCAGGGUUGGACUUGAUGAUCUCGGAGGUCUUUUCCAACGUGGCUGAUUCUGUGAUUCUCUGAUUGCCAUUCCUGUGGCAGCACAUGCUUGAGGCUCCAUCCCCAGGGUGAUAGAGAUGUCUGUCCAUAUCUAUCUGCAAGGUUAGUCUGUAAAUGUGUGGUGUUAGAAAAGCAGGCUGAGUUCUGGGCUGGUUGUAGAAGGAGAAAGAAGCCCCCAGCCCAGUGCAAGCAGGCAGCCCUCAGCUUGCACAUCAUGUCCCCUCCCUGCAGGUUCCUGUCCUUGAGCCCAGGCCCUGAGGUGAGGCUGAGAAGUGGCGCGGAGGUGAGCCCAGAGCUGUCCCUGAGGUGAGGCUGAGAAUAAGUGCAAGGCAGAGGUGCUGCUGAGGAAGGAGAGCCCCGUGGUGGGGAAGGCACAAAGCUGUGAGUGCCCAUCCCCGAGCAGGUGCUGUGUCCAUCCCCUGUGUGCCAGGAUUCGUCUUUCCCAAAGCUUGGACGGAUGGAGGAGGAGGCUGCGAGGAAGAGGAAGAUGCCUUGGGCCCCCCAGGCAGGCCCCGAGCUGAGGAUGGAGAGCCCGGAGGACAAAUCCCCCCGGCAGAGCCUGGUGGGAGAGGCCGUUUUGAAGGGCUCCCCGGCGCAGGAAGGCAGCGGGGAGGAAAAGGGCCGGAGAUCCCCCCACAGGAGGGGCUCCAAAGCCAGCCCAGGGUGCUCUGAGGAGGAAAGAGCCAGCCUGUGCCGGGAAGGCGGCCAGAGCUUGAGCCAGAGCUCCAACCUGGUGCUCCCUGAGCAGCCUCCCAGCAGGGAGAAGGCCUUCAGGUGCUUGGAAUGUGGAAAGAGCUUCAGGCAGAGCUUCAACCUGAUCCGACACCAGCACAUCCACAGUGGGGAACUGCCCUACACAUGUGGGGAAUGCGGGAAGAGCUUCAGGGACAGCUUUGACCUGAUCCAACACCAGCACGUCCACACUGGGGAACUGCCCUACACAUGUAGGGAAUGUGGGAAGAGCUUCAGGUACAACUCUACCCUGAUCCGACACCAGCACAUCCACAGCGGGCAACGGCCCUACCCAUGUGGGGAAUGUGGGAAGUGUUUCAGGAACAGCUCCACCCUCCGCACCCACCAGCACAUCCACACUGGGGAAGGGCCCUACACAUGUGGGGAAUGUGGGCAGAGCUUCAGGUACAACUCUACCCUGAUCCAACACCAGCACAUCCACACUGGAGAACGGCCCUACCCAUGUGGGGAAUGUGGGAAGAGCUUCAGGACAAGCACCAACCUCCUCACCCACCAGCGCAUCCACAGCGGGGAACGGCCCUACACUUGUGUGGAAUGUGGGAAGAGCUUCACGGACAAGUCUACCCUGAUCCGACACCAGAGCAUCCACACUGGGGAACGGCCCUACAAGUGCUUGGAAUGUGGGAAGAGGUUUAGGACCAGCUCACAUAUCCUCCUGCACCAGCGGACGCACACGGAUGAGAGGCCCUUCCGCUGCACCGACUGCGGGAAGGGCUUCAGGCAGAACUCCCACCUCGUCACCCACCGGCGCAUCCACAGCGGGGAGAGGCCCUACAAGUGUGGGGAGUGUGGGAAGAGUUUCCCCAGGAACUCUGCCUUGACCUCACACCAACAGACCCACUGGUAAGGGAAGCUGUAUGUGUGCCCUGACUGCAGGAAGAGCUUCAGCUGCUGCUUCCACCCCGAAUGAACCCCGCUGAUGGUGAGGCAACCCCUGAAGUCCAGUGACUGUCAGUCCAUCCCUUUCGACCAGAAAGGGCCAGUCCCUUUUCCCAUGAAACAGGAGCCAGGCCUAAAAGAGUUAACUGAGAUAUCUUGGCCUGCUAAGAAACCCCAAUACCUGUGUUGCUGGAAGAACAUUUUAGGAGCACUGGUUAAUAUGUUCUGUUCUCCUCACUGGACCAAAGGCCUUCAUAUGGAAAGAAUAGGAGUAGCACACACACAGUAAUAAUUUAGGUAAACUAGAUGUUUGAAUAAGAUCUAGAAGGCCCAGAGCUAGGAUUUUGCAAGCUUGAAGAAUUCAGGUCACCUAAUCGAAGAGGUCAAAUUGAGGAAGACGUCCAUGGUGACCACCAGAGGGAUGAAGGCUUGAGGAGAAGACCCCCACAGUAGAAGACUGCGCAUGUCUGGAAAGACUCUGCCCAGAGACCAGCCUGCUUAUUAAUAUGUAUAAUAAAUGAUGUAACCGUGUAUCUAAAGUGUAUAAAAUAGCUUGCUUUUGCACUUUUAAGUUGAGCAAGUUUGUCCAGUGCGAGCUGGCUUGCUCCCAACAUUGAAUGAACAAAUACCUUGCUGCUUAAAGACAAAAUAA